UUUGCUACAAAUCUGGCACUUUGUGUUUAAACUGGUGCGCGAUCAGAGGGGGAGCCAGCGAGAGGCUGCGAAGCACAAUAAAACCCCGAGAAAGUCGAUUCUGAAAGUAUUCGACGCAUUUUAAUAUCGCAAAGGUGUUGUUUACCGUUGGUUUGGUCUAUUAAAUCAGCGAUCAUGGCUUGUGGCGCGACACUGAAGCGAUCUAUGGAGUUUGAGGCCCUUCUCAGCCCGCAGUCCCCCAAGCGGAGGAGGUGCAAUCCUCUACCGGGGACUCCGACUGCUCCUUCCCCGCAGAGGUGCGGUCUACGCCCGUCAACAGAGAGCCCGGCACACUCGAUGUCGCCCCAGUCCUUGGGUGGAGAACACCGGUUAACCCCAGAGCAGAUCUUCCAGAACAUUCGUCAGGAGUACAGUCGUUAUCAGAGGCGACGGCAGUUGGAAGGGGCCUUCAACCAGACUGAGCCCUGCAGCUCCACUGAUAUCCAGAGCUCCAGUCCUGCCCUCACCUCCCCCAGCUCUCCAACAGGUGCCUCAUCAUUGAAGAAGGAUCAGCCACUGUUCACGCUGAGGCAGGUUGGCUAUUUGUGCGAGCGCCUUAUUAAAGAUCACGAAGAGAAGAUGCGUGAAGAGUAUGAACAGAUACUGAACACAAAGCUUGCAGAACAAUACGAGUCCUUUGUGAAAUUCACACAGGAUCAGAUUAUGCGAAGAUAUGGCGCCAGGCCUGCAAGCUAUGUGUCUUGAAGAACGUUAUAGAUGGUACUACCCACCCCUCAGCAGCUGGUUGCUGUAGAACCAGCUCCCUUCACUUGAAAUUUCCUCCUUUUGAUUCUCUUUUUUUCCCUUUAAAAAUGCUUGGGUGCCAUGGUCUAUCCACAUUUAACUCAUUUUUUUGCUUAACUGUUACUGAUGGCCCAACACCAAACAUGCAACUAUAGAUGCAUUCUAAGGAAGUUUAAUCUCUAAAAAUUUGUGGGAAAAGAUGUCAAACUACCGCUGUAAAAAGCUUGGCUGAUGCGAUCAUCUCUGUAUAAUGUAAUGUGACUGACCUGCAGCAGAUAUACCGGACUCUUCCUCUAUCCUUCAGUCUGUUUUUUUUUAACUCUCCAACUUUUUUCUUCUUUUUUUGACAAAUAAAAGAUCUGUGAUAAGUC